CACGCUUUACAGUACACUACAGCGCUGUAGGAAAUGGCUUUUAAAAACUUGAAUCACAAGGAAGUAAAGGUUCGACCAUCACCCGGUGACUUCAUAACUUCGACAUGGCAAGCAGCGAUAAUGACAUCUCAUACAGUGAUCUAAAAAGUCUCUUGGCGAAGGGUUCAGUGGUUCUUGUGGAUGUGCGCACAAACGAUGAGGUCGCCAGAGGGACUAUUCCAGGCUCCAUCCAUAUCCCAGUGGGAAAUGUUGGGCAAGACUUGUCGCUGGAUGCAGCUGAAUUCCAGUCUAAGUUUGGUGUAAGUAAGCCGCCCUUGGACUGCACAGAACUGGUUUUCUUCUGUCAGUUGGGCAGACGCGGAGCUGCUGCCACAGAGAAAGCCAAAAGCCUGGGAUUUAAGAAUGCUCGUAAUUAUGCUGGGGCCUACAAGGAAUGGUCAGAAAAAGAAGGCAAAUGAGAAACCUCGAAUCUCUUGGAACUCAAUGAAUGCAGCUUAAAAAGAACAAACUUCAGGGACCUUACUGUUACACAAUUAAAGAGAUAGUUCAACCAAAACUGAAUGUUCUGUCAUCAUUUACUCUCUCUUCACUUGUUCCAAACCUGAGUUUCUUUCUGUUGAACACAAAAGGAUAUAUUUUGAAGAAAGCUGGAAACCUGCAGCCAUUGACUUCCAUAUUAGUUGAUUUUCCUUCUAUGGAAGUCAAUGGUUACACGUUUUUAGCUUUAUUCAAUAGUGUGUACAUUUUCAUUUUUGGGUGAACUGUCCCUUUAAUGCAACCAAAAUGCAAAUGUAUUUUAAUAAAGUCUGAUAAUUAAAUAAAA